AUGAAUCAACCAUCCGUUCUCAUAUUCGUUCACUUAUUGAAAAAUUUUCUUCUAAUAUUGAAUAUUUUUUUACAUUAUUGUGAUAAAAAAAAAGCAUACGAUCUAGAAACAUUUGAACUCGAAUUAGCUUUACUUACACUGAUCGAAUUAUUACAAGAACAAUUUAACAGAUUUAAUGGGAAAAAACUUCAUUUUACUUACUAUGAUCUUAUGAUUCCAGCGUCAACUGAUUCUGUUUGGACAUAUAAUGAUUACAAAUUAAUCUUUGCUGACACACUUGUCGAAUAUAUUCGUACAAGAUAUUUACUUUCUAUUUACAAGAAAGAUAUAGAUUCUGAUAUUGAAAAAGAAAUUGAUAAUAUUUUCAUGAACUUCAUGCCUGAAUUCUUAACAUGUUUGCAAGUGACAUUAAAUAAUUUACUUAUUAUUAAUAACACCAGUUAUUCAGACAUUAUCGCGAAAUUAGUAUGUAAAAGAAUAUUUAUGUAUUUUUUCAACUAUAUUUUCCCACCCAUUACUUAUCCACUUGUUAUUUAUGAUAAGAGAAAUUCGUGCAGUCGAAGUUAUAAAUGUCAGCUUUGUGGAUUUAUUGGGAUAGAGUUCUUCAAAUUUGUAUGUUGGUCAUCGUUCUGGUUAUCUAUAUAUAAUAUUAUACAAUACAACUGGUUUUCCGUUGUUACACAGAAAGCAAAUGAACUUGAAGUUUAUUAUCCAUUAGGAUUAAUCAUUUCGACAACAUCUAUUCUUCAUAUUUACGAGGCUUUGAUAUCCUUAUCUGUUGUACUUCGAGUUAGUUGA